CAAAAAUGAAAAUUGCAUUGGUAUUUGUUGUGUGCUUCGUCUCCCUGACUUUGCAGCAGAAUGUCUUUUGGUCUUACCCAGGAAGACGCAUUCCUUAUUACUCCAUGUACAACCAUAACAUCCAAGACGAUCUGCCCAUUCUUGCUGCCCUCGAUCCUGCCGGACACCCACUUUAUCCAAACAACUAUGGUGCCCGUGCACAAGGUGGAUUGCAGGAACGCACGCUUGAAGAGUCUGAUCUUUUCCAACAGCUAGAACCAAAAGCGGAAGGCAGAACAUUUGGCCUCAAUAACUUGGUGAGCGUCAUCUUGAGUUCGCUGUCGCUCUCCAGCACGAGCACAACAUACACAACGACCACGUCCACCAUCACAGCCGGAACGGUGUUGACGUGUUUUACCAGGACGAUGUUCAAUUCGACCACAGCUUGCCGGAGAAAGCGAGAUGCUUUGCUGAUGAUUUCCGAAGUGCUGAUUGGAGAUAGUGACGAUGAGGACGAGCCGUUCGGCGACGAACAGGAAUGGGAUGACGAGUUGCCACCUUUGCCGAGAGCAAAAAGAGACGUUGAUCCAUCCCGUUUAAUUGUAUCCUCUAAAACUGAAAGCGAUGUGCAUGUCAACGAUGUUGCCCCCAAGCAAACUGAAUCAUCAGUUAAUGGCUAUUUCCGUCAAAAUCGGGCCAUUGUUACAUCAUCAUUGACUUCAUAUACUGUGUUUUAUUCGACCAGCACAAGGAUUGUAACGAAUAUCGCCUCAGCCAGUGGUCUGUCUUGCCUGCCAUCAGGAUUUACUCUUUGCUAGUUUCAAUACCAUCACAAUGACACGUUAUUUAUAACCAACAAACCACUUCUAGGCUAAGAGUUUCGGCUAAUGUUUCGUUUAAUUCAUAUGAAAACAUGUUGUAGGCUAUUCUGCAGUAGUUACUUGAUUAAUACACCAUUUCUGCAUCUA